AUGACCCAAUUGGUUGUUCACUGGUUCGCGUGCAAUCACUUCUACCCUGAAUGGAGAAACACCCCGAUACCUCCUUGGGCAUCCCCUGGGACUAUCCUCCGCCCUACGGCUGCAUUACACGGCUACGACUGCUCUGUCUGUCUUGAUCCGCCAAGCAAGAUCCAAGAGGCACGAAAGUCCGUUCUGAUGACUGCCACUGCCCUCUCAAAGAUUAUCGAUAUCCCCGUUAACGAUGGCGGAUUCAUGCACGGGGUUAUUCGAUUCUAUGCCCGAGGCGACCAUCUAAGAUGGCUACAGCCGCCUACCCCUGAUGCUCAGCUUUUGGCACCCGACCCAUAUUUGCAUGCAUUGAUGAUGGAAUCGUGGAGGAACACAUUGGGCGAAUUGUACUUCUGGACUAGGCCUGGUUAUCUCUUCGAUGUUGCUCUGGCUGAGGUGAGGCGGUCGGAGCCAGACAACUACGAGCUCCUUAAUUGGUCUGGGACGAAUUAUAUGCCAAUUUGUCCGUACUAUUACGUGUCGAUGUCACCAAUGGCGCAGCCCGUUGCCAAGCCAGUGCAGAGCUCUUAUGAUUCAGCACAGAGAUCUCCCCUGGGAUCACAGGCUUCCUUUGGUCUAGUACAGACACCUAUGAGAAAACCAGAGUCUAGUGUUGGUUCGACACAGUCUUCUUUCGAUACAGCCCGGACUGCUUCUUCAAAUCAGAGCCUCUCUUCCCGCGUGACUCAGAGUCCCUGCCACGAGGAAAUCAUACAGCAGGGGGAGGGUAGCUGGUCAAGGCAAGACGACCAUAUUGCCGACCUGAAGCGCCAACUCAGACUACCCGGGCCAAUGGUGAGGAAUGUAUCACCAGACCUUGGUUCUCCGACACCUUCAACUCCUGAAAGAAUAUCUGCGAGAGAGAUCAAUCGAAGGAGAGAUUCGGAGAAGCCCUACAAACCCACUUCGCUCGCCAAUGGUACUUCUGCAUCUUGCGACGAUGAUGAAACUUGGUCUAUGGAAGAUGCAUCGGAUUCGUCUUUCAAGGACGCAGUUAACGCUCGUUCCGAGUCUGCAUCUUCCUCCGCUGGAAGCCCCGAGGUGGCUUCGAAGAACGAUAACAAUCAAAGGUCGCUUGUGUGCAACACUAGUGAUACUCCACCUACCACAUGCACAACCGUCGAUCCCUCCUUGCUCGUGAUUGAGAAUGGCCUCAAGAUGUAUCCCUCUAUUGAACCCUCGUAUGAUGUUGCUGCAAACAGACCUCGAUCACUCUCGCCCGCAGAAAAUCCAGAAAAUCCCGAACAUGAGCUCCAAAUUGGCUCCCCCGGUGGCAAGGAUGCGGAAGAUGCAAACUCGCUAGUCUUCAAUAUUGGGACGGAGAACGGCUCUAAUACGGAUCUAUUUUCAGCUACUUUGGAUCAGUAUACUGUAGAGCAGCUGGCCGCGCGGCAACUCACAAAGACCCCAGAGUUAGAAGAAAGCAACCCGAAUGAAUAUGGAUUUGGGUUUGGAUUUCAACACAGUUUAUUUGAUGGAUUCGACUUUUUGCUGCCCGAAGAACAAUCUGAAAUACCUUUGGAGUCGAACAUGAUGAUUUGA